AUGGUUGAAACUGUCAAUGAUCGUGAAGCAAGAAUUACACGAUAUAGUGAACUACUUGAAGCAUUUGCAUCAUUUGAUCCUGGUAAUGCUGGUUCAUUGUCUGUAAAGUACAUUGUUCCUGCUCUGCGAAAGCUUGGAUGUAAAUCAAGUGAUUCAGAAAUACUAGAAGCAGUGAAAGCUGCUGAAGUUAAUCAGAACGCUGAGAAAAUUACUUUUUAUGACUUCAAAAGAAUUUAUCAGGAAGCAUGCAAAGGUAAUCCUAUGGUUUCAGCCAUAGGAAAUGCCGGUUCUAAAUCUAAUCUUUAUCACUACGGGACGUAUGGAGACAGAAUAGAUGAUGAUACCCUACACAGCGUUAGUGAAGAGGAACAAGUAGGGUUUUCUAGUUGGAUUGAGAGAAAUUUAAUCGAUGAUCCAGAAUGUAAACGAUACCUACCGUUCAAAUCCGAUGGAAGCGAUUUAUACGAAAAGUGUACAGAUGGCAUUCUAUUGUG